GCAUUUCCACAUCUGGGCGGUUUGUCAGAGUUUGUGACGGCGACCUCCGUGCCGAUGGCGCAAUUGGCGACGGUGGUGGCAACGUCCGAGGUGUAUGCAACUGCUUCGAUGCUUGUGUUGUCCGGGGGAGGGAGUUUGUAGAGGCGAAUGCCAUCAUCGACGAGCUGCGCGGGCACCUAGUCCAGAUCGGAGGUGAGUGUGAAUACGCUGGAGACGCAAACGAAGUGCCAAUCAACAACUCCUGCAGACGAGGGUUGAGCGAUCUACUAAGGGGGAUGCAAUUGGAGGCGUCGCAGAUGCCACAGAGGAAUGCGGCGACGACCCUCCGGAGGAACAAGAGACCGAUGUCGAGAGGAUCGCCUCGGAGAACUUAGAUGCGAUGCGAACGGAAGCAGAAAGCCAAUGGAGAGUGACAGGGCUCUGACAACUAGGAGGAACCCAUCGAACAACCGGAAGAGGUUUCUUCUGGAGAUUUCACGGAUCACAGGGCCGUCGAAGACAACAAUGAACCUAAUGGAAGGGGGAAGCCGCCGCCGUCGUCUCUGUCUCCUCCGUUGGAAGCGCGAGCUUAAUGGAUGGCUGCGAUCACGAUUCGUGCGUCGUUCUGAUGGGUGGCUGGGAUCACUCGGAAGGGCCGUGGGCCUGUAAUUCACCCACGAUCCAUAGACGAUAAGAAUGCUGUGCUGCUCCGCCGGCGCUUAAGUUUAGCCCCCGAAAAAAUGACCACCGCAACUUGCCUCCGCUGCUCCGUCCAUGGUCUCCCGGCCCUUUCCUCCCAUUCCCUGCCGCAGAACCAUCGCCGUCGACACCCUCUUUCCCCACCCCUGUCGUCAUCCUCGAUCCGGAAAGCCCUCCUAUUUCCCCUCCCUUCCCUCUCCUUCUUCUCGUCGCAGCCCCACAUCUCCGCCCCCGCCGCGGCCGCUGCUUCCUUCUCCAGCGACGAGGAGGACUACGGAGGACUACUUGAAGAAGAGGAGGAAGAGCAGGAGCAAGUGUUGAAUAAGUCAAGAGCUAGCUCGAGAUCCGGAUCCCUUCAGCAGGACGUCGGGCGGCUUUAUGUCGGAAACCUACCCUACUCCAUGACCGGCGACCAGCUUGCCGAAAUCUUCAGCGAGGCCGGCACUGUCGACACUGUCGAGGUAGUGUACGAUCGGGUCACGGAUCGCAGCCGUGGGUUCGCAUUCGUGACUAUGGCCAGCGUCGGGGAGGCCGAGGAGGCCAUCCGAAUGUUCGAUGGCUCCUUAGCGGGCGGCCGGAAGGUGAAGGUGAACUUCCCGGAGGUGCCUAGAGGAGCGGAGAGGGAAGUGCUUGGCCAGAGAAUGCGGUCUCGCGGCUACGUCGACAGCCCUUACAAGGUCUACGCCGGCAACCUCGGAUGGAAUCUCACCUCGCAGGCUCUCUGGGACGCAUUCGCUUCCCAGCGGGGCCUGCUGGGCGCUAAGGUCAUAUUCGAUCGCAAUACGGGUCAGUCAAGGGGAUUUGGAUUUGUCACCUUCGCGUCUGAUGAGGAUUGCCAAGCUGCAAUUGAGGCUAUGAACGGAGUGGAGGUUGAAGGUCGACCUCUGCGCCUGAGUGUUGCACAAGGAAGGCCUUCUAUCAGUAUUUCAGAAGAAUCAGGAGGCGAGAAGGAGCAUCAAGGAAGUCAAUCGGAGCCGAGUCUGAGCUACUGAGUUGAGGCUGCAUCGUCGUCGCUUCAACUCCAGUGUAUGGUCUGGGUACUUGUAGGGUGGAGAUAUUACUUAAGGCUGUUGACAAACUUGGUUCCACUUCUGUUGUAGUCGAUCUACAAUCAAAAGCCGUUGUCAAGCUUCUCAAAUUUACCAUGGAAGAAGAGCUUCCUAUUGAGGUUCUCAAACAAAGACAAGAAAGACAAUGAAGUUUGUUUUCAAAUUUGAAACAAUAAAUCUCAUAGACUAACAUUCCUUUGUUGUCUCAAAGUUUUCAUCCCCAUCCAUGAUGAGUUACAUCUUCCCCUUAUUCCUCCCCCGCCUUUUUCUCCUCAUCCUUUUCC